AUGAGUGACAGAGACAGAGAAUCCAGGCCUGGUCAGCGAAGAGAGAGAAGUCGAAGCAGAGAAAGAGACGCUCGAGAAGAUUACAGUAGUAGAGACCAUAAACGACGACGGGAUGAUGAUGAACCUAGACCAAGCAGACGACGCAGGCAAUUCGAUGAUGAUGGUGGUGACCGUCGUAGCAGCAGACGUGAUGACAGUACAUCCAAGAAAUAUGAUUCUGAUGACAGUGCUCCCAAGUCAGCAUCAACACCUGCUCCAACACUACCAAAACCAGAUCCACUGGAGUUAGUAGCUCUUGCCGCUGCUAGGAUUAAUGCUCUGGCAGGACGUCCUGCUGGUGCCAGUGCUCCGUCAGCAUCCACAAACUCGCCAUUUUCAAUGUCUGCGCCAUUGUCGGCUACGGCUGUUACCACAUCUCGUGUGGAUGUCAAUCCCGAGACUGGAGUCAAGACUACGAUUCAUGAAUUGAAGGAUGGAAGUAGAUUGGAAUUUGCUGCUGAUAUUGAAAUCAAUGACAUCAAGAAUCGAUACAAUCUCACAAAGGGUGAAACGCAAAAGAAGAUAAAGAGUGACACUGAUGCAGAUGUCAUCACUCGUGGAAAAUACUAUCCUGACAAGGCUUUGGCUACUGAAAAGGACCCACCUCUAUUCUUGCACAUUGUUGCUCAAACCAAGGAAUCAUUGGACAAGGCCAUUGCACGUGUUAAUGAACUUAUAGACGAUUCGAUGAAUGUAGCACCUCCCGCUCCCAUGCAAGAAUUCCUUCGUCCUCGCUUUGAGCCUGGUCAACAGAGACCACCUCGACAGUACUUUGAUGCCAAGAUCAUGGUAGGAAUUGAUGAUCCUUCGUUCAAUACUCGUCCCAAGAUUGUUGGUCCAGGAGGUCAAUUUGUAAAGCACAUUGAGCAAGAGACUCGUACUCGGGUGCAGUUGAAGGGUCGUGGAUCUGGAUUUAUUGAUCAAACUACUGGUCAAGAAGCUACAGAUGAGUUACACAUUGCAAUCAGUGGCCAAGACGAAGCUGGUGUUGAAACUGCAAAAAAACUGGCAACUGACUUGAUUGAAACUGUGAAGAGCGAGUAUCAAAGGCAGAAAACACGAGAGCGAGAAGAUGGUGGUGGCAGUGCUGGUGGUGGCGGAGCUGGAAGAGGAGGAUAUAGACCGCCAUAUCAAGGUCAAGAAAAUAGAGGUGGUUAUCGACCACCAUAUCAAGGAGUAGGAAGAGGAGGAUUCACCAACACAAAUGCUGGUUUUCCUGGUUACGACAAUCCUCAGCCACCACCAUCAGUACAAGCUCAACCUCCGCUACAAGCUCAAGCUGCUCCUGGAACUGAUUACGCUGCUGGUGCUUAUCAACAAUAUGGAUAUGACCCUGCUCAAUAUCAGCAAUAUGGGCAACAAGCACAGCAGCAACAGUACGACCCUCAGCAGGUUGCAGCUUGGGAAACUUAUUAUGCACAACUAGCCGCCUACCAACAGCAACAAGGUGGUGCUCCCACACAAUAA